AUGAGAUCUCUACGUUUAAUUUUCGUAACAAUAUUAUCCCUCUUUCUCACGGCCGCCCCAGCCCCGGCUCCCGCUCCUGCUCCCGCAUCGAAUGCGGAAUUCAUCCACGCGAAUUGCGAGCACACACUGUACCCGGAGGUGUGCUACCAAUCACUAAAGCGUUACGCCAAUGUGGUGAAGAAGGACCUAUCUCGGUUGGUGCAGGUCUCAAUCGGCGUCAGCCUCACCCGCUCCAAGCUCGUAUCCCCGUACUUGGAGAACCUCAACCGGACCGCCCAGCUAGAGCCGCGAGCGUUGGCGGCCCUCAGCGACUGCGUCAGCUAUUUCAGCCAAGCGGAGCAGAAUAUGCGGGACUCGUUGAAGCAGAUGCAGCAGCUAACUGGGACCGGGGAGGAGCUGCGCUACCAGUUGGACAACGUGCUGACGUGGAUCGGCUACGCGCGCACCUACCAGGAAAGUUGUACUGACGGCUUUGAGGGUGAGGGCGUCUCCAACUCCGACGUCUUCGGCCGGGUGGAACAGGUCAAGGAGGCCACCAGCAUUGCGAUUGCCUUCGUCGCAACCCUUGUUGACAAGGCUGGGCCUGUGCUGCCAUGA